AAUCUUACAAGGCAAGACAAAAAGUUAACCCCACAUUACAUUCUAAUCCACUCUAACCUAAAACUACUUAGUGUCUCGCUUCACAAUCCGCACAAUUUCUAAACUUCCUUCUAUCAAAAUCCUCAAAAACUUUCCUCUUCAUUCCCAUCCAUCACGACAAUCGACAAUCGCAAAAAUGUCUGCCCUUAACAAGAUCGUGGCCACCAGCACUUCCCGCGCCAGUCCAUCUGAGCUCGAGACCAGCAUCGCUGGUGCUCUUUACGAUCUCGAGUCAAACACUCCAGACUUGAAGGCUGCUUUGAGACCUCUUCAAUUCUCUUCUGCUAAGGAGGUUAGUUCAUUUUUUUCUUGAGUUUGUGAUGAUUAAUUGCAGAUGAUUCUUUUGUUUCCUGCCUUUAUUUGAGAUGGAUCGAAUAUGCGGAAACGAAAGAAUCCUGCGAAAAUCUAGAAUUGGAAUGCAGCUUUCAUCAUCAUUCGAUAUUUUUACGAUUAACACCGACAUUUCGAAUUUCAUUUCGUAUACCGUAUACUAGACGACAUUUCAUCAAACAAACAUUGGAUAUUGGUAUCAAUUUCUUUAUCGGAAGUUUCGAAAUAUAAACAUACGAUGGAAAAUGAUAUUCUUUGGUCAAUUGGGAAAAAGAUGAAAUGAAAUUGAUGAAAAUACAUUAUACAAAAUUGAGAGUUGAGGAUGUCGGUGUUGAUGGUGGAAUCGAACGGGCUGCGGACCAUGUCAAUUUAGACUGGAGAUCGCAUGCUGACUUUGAUCAAAUUUUUUAGAUUGAAGUUGGCCACGGCAAGAAGGCUAUUGCUAUCUUUGUCCCCGUUCCUUCCCUUCAAGCUUUCCACAAGGUUCAACAACGGUAUGUUUUAUUUUAUCCAUUAUUAUUUAUAAUACACUAAUAAGGAAAAUAGUCUUACCCGUGAGCUUGAGAAGAAGUUCUCCGAUCGUCACGUCUUGAUUCUCGCUGCUCGUCGUAUCCUUCCCCGCCCAAAGAGAUCCAACAGAUCCCGAACCUCCCUCACUCAAAAGCGUCCUCGUUCCAGAACUUUGACUGCUGUCCACGAUGCUAUCCUCACCGACAUUGUUUACCCAGUUGAGAUUGUUGGAAAGCGUCUCCGUACCAAGGAAGAUGGAAGCAAGAUCUUGAAGGUUAUCCUUGAUGAGAAGGAGAAGGGAGGUGUUGAUCACAGACUCGAUACCUACUCUGAUGUUUACAAGAAGUUGACUGGUCGUGGUGUUGUCUUUGAGUUCCCACAAGGAAGCUCUGCUGAAUACUAAAUUAUUCAUGCAUUGGUAAUGAUGGGAUCUACUGAGGGUUACAAAAAUGGGAGGCGCAAUAGAUAGGCUUUAUGAAUGAAAAUCAAAAGCGCUUUGUGUCAUACUGAUAUACCAAUUUGUUUGAGAUUUUAAAUGGAGUUCAUGGAUUUAUGAAA